AUGACGGAGACAGGUCAAAUUCAUUCAGUUUUUCUAACCGGAAGGCAGAGGAUGGUUACCUUGCAGCUUCCCGAAUAUGACAUGGGAAAAGCACUUUGUAGUUUACUAGAUGUAUCGUUCCAAGGAGAAGACAAGGCCGAGGGAAAGGUUGGCCAAGGUCGAGGGGUUUUCGAGGAAGCUGCAGGUGGUACCGGCACCGGCGGCGGCGGCGGAUUAUUGGAGGAGGCCGAACAGCGAUUAUACGUAACCGGCCCAAAAACAGGCGCGCGGGGCGGAACAAGGGAGGCUGGCCGGGGCUAUUUCGGGGCUAUACGGCUCGACGCGAAACAAGGGAGGCUGCACCGGGGUGCUGUUGCGGGGCUGAUCAUCGGCUCCGAGGUGGUGCACGGUGGUCGGACGCAGUCCGGAGGUCGGAGGGACAAUGGCUUGAAGGUGGGUGGUGGUAAGAAGUGGCCCGGGGUGGCUGGAGCAGCGCUACGACCCUUUGAGGCGGAAACAGAGCCGGGGCGCCGGGGCUGCUUCCGAGGUCUGGCAGCGGCGUGCGGCUGCCGGAGCGAUGACGAUGGUGGUGCAGUGGCAAACGAAGGAGGCCGAGGGUGGUUGGAGGCGAUGGCUCGCGAAAAUGAAGAAGGAAGGAGGAGGAUGGCUUCGAUUUGUUGGUUUGGUCUGCCUAUGUGGUUCCUAGCCCUUCUCUUUUUGUCCUUCUAUGUGCCGCUUCGAUCGGGCUAUUCUCUUUCCUUCAACAUACAUCGGUUCGACCCGCAGGCCACGGACAUGGUCUAUGAAGGCGAUGCGAAGCCCAACGUCGGGACCAUCGACUUCACUAGCCCCAGUUACUCGUGCCAUGUCGGCCGAGCAUUUUACGCUGAGAAGUUGAGGCUCUGGGACUCCGCCUCCAGGAGGCUCACCGACUUCUCCACUCGCUUCUCCUUCACCAUCGACACGCAGAACCAGAAAUUGUACGGGGCCGGGUUGGCCUUCUUCCUCGCCCCGGUCGGGUUCCAAAUCCCGGUCAAUUCGAUUGGUGGCUUCUUGGGCCUGUUUAACACCACGUACAGCGACUCCUCAUCGAACCAAAUCGUCGCGGUUGAGUUCGACACCUUCGCCAAUCCCGAAUGGGACCCUUCGUAUGAGCAUGUCGGGAUCAACAAAAACUCGAUCGCCUCGGCCGUGACCACCCCUUGGAACGCCAGCUUCCACAGCGGCGACACAGCCGACGCGUGGAUUGUGUACAACUCCACGACCAAGAACUUGAGCGUUUCUUGGAGCUACCAGACUACACCGAACCCGCACGAAAACACAAGUAUUUCGUAUCUGAUUGAUCUCACCACUGUCUUGCCCGAGGAGGUGAUGAUCGGUUUCUCAGCUGCGACUGGCUAUUACAUUGAACGUCACCAAGUUGAAUCUUGGUCCUUCAGUUCAAACCUUGAAGUCAAUGAAAAGCAAGGAAAUACAAAAAGGACCAUGUUAGUUGUUGGCUUAGCAGUUCCACUAGGAGUCCUUCUCUGCGGCAUGGUGGCAAUAUCCGCAAUCCUCUGGAGGAGGAAGAGGAGGAGCGAGGGACCGGCGAUGGCAAACUUGACGUCCAUAAAUGACGAGCUUGAGAGAGGCGCAGGGCCACGGAGGUUUACAUACACCGAACUCGUUUCCGCCACCAACAACUUCGCCGAGGAGAGGAAGCUGGGCCAGGGCGGGUUUGGGGCAGUCUACAGGGGAUAUCUGGUUGGCCUAGAUGCGGCAGUGGCGGUGAAGCGGAUAUCGAGAGGUUCCAAACAGGGGAAGAAGGAGUUCAUCACCGAGGUGAAGGUGAUCACCAGCUUGAGGCACAGAAAUUUGGUGCAACUGAUAGGUUGGUGCCACGAGGGGAAUGAGUUCCUCCUCCUCUACGAGUUCAUGCCGAACGGUAGCCUUGACAGGCACCUCUUCGGCAAGAAGAGCCCUCUGAGUUGGGCUGCCCGGUACAAGAUUUCGGUCGGGCUCGCCUCCGCGCUCCUCUAUCUCCAUGAGGAGUGGGAGCAGUGCGUGGUGCAUCGGGACAUCAAGUCUAGCAACGUGAUGCUAGACUCGGGGUUCAACGUCAAGCUUGGAGACUUUGGGCUGGCCCGCCUCAUGGACCACGAGCUAGGGCCACAGACGACCGGGCUAGCAGGCACAUUCGGGUACCUGGCCCCGGAGUACGUGAGCACAGGGCGAGCGAGCAAGGAGUCCGAUGUGUAUAGCUUCGGGGUGGUCGCACUUGAGAUUGCUACGGGACGGAGGUCCGUUGAUCCGAUAGAGCCAACCCCGGAGAUGAGCUUGGUGGAGUGGGUGUGGGAUCUCUAUGGGAAAGGCCAGGUUGUUGAGGCUGUAGACGAGAGACUCCAAGCGGAUUUUGAUGGGAAACAAGUGGAGUGCUCGCUGCUGGUGGGCUUGUGGUGUGCUCAUCCCGAUCGGGGCUUGAGGCCUUCCAUACGGCAAGCGCUUCAGGUCCUCAAUUUCGAGGCUACGGUGCCAGUGCUCCCUAAUAAGAUGCCGAUCGCAGUGUACCACGCCCAGUUGCCGCCGUCCGUCAGCUCCGGCGAGCCUCUCAUCACCAAUAGUUUCGAAGAAGGUCGUUGA